GUCGAGUGCUGGAUUCCGAAGAAAGCGGUGGUGCUGUGUACACAGUGUUUGUACACGAAAUUUUUGACAAGUUCAUUUGUCAGUCAAUUUUAUCUACCGACAUAGUGUUACUAUUCAUUGCAAUCUAUCUCAUUCAGUGAAGUAUUGUUGUCAUUUUGAGGCUGUCUUUCCUGAAGCAUUUCGAUGCCUCAAAAGGCAUCAAAAGCCACAAACAUUGAAAUGACGUCAACGACUGCUGUUGGCUCAAAUGUGCCACAUCCCCGGCGCAAAGUGAGGGACUUCAACAGCUUAAUCACCUGUUCAGUCUGUCAGGGAUACAUCAUAGAGGCUACCACAAUCACUGACUGUCUGCACACAUUUUGUCGUUCUUGCAUCCUCAAACACCUCGAGAGGAGCAAUUUUUGUCCCACAUGCUCUGCUAAACCUGUCACAGUGUCAAAUUUGCGUCCUGAUCGGAUUCUCAAGACACUGAUUUAUAAACUUGUCCCUGGCCUCUAUCAAUCUGAGAGUCAGAGGGUGGCGGAAUUCCAUGGGGGAGCCCUGAGCAAAUUGUCUUCCGGUAGGAGACGAUUCAGUGGCUUAGUGGGUAUUCCGUCGCCUGAGGGCAAGGAAUCUCUCGAUGAUGACAUUAAUCACAACAUAAGCAAGAAAAAUGAGUCAGAACAUGCAGAUGAUGCUGACUUCUUUCAUCCUGAAGAACCUAUCAGCUUAUCAAUGGAGUACCAUCCUGAGGUGGUGACAAGUCUCAGCAGCCAAAAAUCCUCCAUCCCGCCAAUCAGAUACCUCCAAUGCCCUGCAGCAGUCACAAUGUGGCAUCUUCAGCGCUUUAUCUCCACCAAAUUCGACCUAAAUCCCAAUACAAUGAUUGUAGAAAUCAUCUACGAAGAUGAAGUUUUGCCACGAGAUUUCAGCUUGAUGGAUGUUGCCUAUUGCUACAAUUGGAAGAGGGUGGCCCCAAUGCGAUUUUACUAUCGUAUUUUUAUGCAAACACCCGAGAAGUGUGGGACAACAGAUAAAAAUAGAAAUUAUAUGACGAAGGCGGAUGAGAAGAAGGAAGUGAAGGCUGAAAAGAUGAGUGUGGAGAAGAAGAUUGAAGACAUGAAGAAGUGCAGAGAGGCCACAAGUGGUGGAGUCAUGAAAACAUUUCUUGCCACCACUGAGACAAAGGCACGGGAUGAAUUUGAAUUUGUGGAUGAGACACCGGUGAAGAGUGAGAAUUCCCAGUACAAUUCAAUUGCACGUCGUGCAUCCACAAAUGCACCCAUACGGGAUAAUUUGCCAAAUGUGCGCAUUGAGAAGAUGAAGUUGGAAGAUGGUGUAAAAACGGUGAAGUUGACGAUGAUCAGUCCAAAGACAGAGGCAAAUUCUAAGCCCAAGUUCAAGAUUGAAUCCACACAGGUGAAUGACUUUAAGCGACUGAGGAGCAAUGAUAGUGAAUUUGGUGAUUUUAAGCCACCAAGUGGCAUCGUUCCGGACACUAAGUCAAAGGCCAAAAAUUCAGUCAACGCUCACUCGAGCGUGAAACCCUCGGUUUCAUCUAAGGAGGAAAAUGUGCGGCAUAAGAAGGGCUCAUCGGAAGCCAAGAAGAAGACUGUGGACGAUGAUAGUCCGGAUGAGUUGUCUUGCUCAAAGAGCAGCACCAAAAAAUGUUACAUUAAUAGAAACAAGAAGUCUCAUGGAGAACUCGAGAAUGGUACAAAACCCAAUUUGCCAACACUCAAAGUUGACCUGACAAAUCUCAAGACCAAGAUCUCUCUGCCAAAGGUGGACAAGAUGCCUCUGGUUCAGGCAAAGUCCCCUCCGCCACGAGAGAGAACACAUAUUGAAGAGACCAGUCCUAACAAAUAUGAAUAUGCGAAAAACAUCGGGCUACUUCCUGUUGGUGAUGUCCUAGAGGCUAAGCGACCAAAGCCCGAAGAGCCCAUUCCGCCAAUUAAGGAGAAGAAACGAAAGAAGAUGAAGCAUUCAAAGGAACCAAGUGAGAAGCGUCCAAAAAUCCAUGCUGAAAUGAUCCCUAAUGAGAAAGAACCUAUUAAACUCAAACUCAAAUUCACCAAUAGCAAACCAUCUAAGAAUGACAAGAAGACACCAAACGGAACCCAAGAGACUCCUCAAAUCUCCAUUCCAGUCCCACAGAAAACUUCUUCAAAAGAUACAGUGGCGGAGAUGAGAAAGGUUAGACACAAAUCUCACUCGUCCGUUAAUAGUGCUCUCAACAGGACGCUUUCGGAACAGUCAAUAGCGAUAUCAUCCCUUGUUCGACGAAUGAGUGUUGAAUUGCCGCAACUCCCUUACCAUAUUACCCAAAACCCAAUUAAGACUCAACCUCAGGCUCCUGCAAAAAGCCCUCCAAAGACUCCCCCGCAGAAUCCUAUCAAAGCCCCUCAAAACUCAACCAGUAGUCCACCUAAAAACCAACCAACGAGCCCUCCUCAGAUCCCUAAGCAUGUUCCACAGCAAACCACAAAACCAAGUCCACCACAGAGUCCUAAACCAAGUCAUCAGAACAAUAAAGUCAACUCAUCUCAGGUCAACUCUCAGAAUAAGCAUCAGCCUCCAAAAGCCUAUCCUGGAUUAAUGUCGCCGAAAGCUACGGAUCGCGGAACCAAGUUCGGUUUUCCAAUGGCUUCACCAACGUACAACGCUCGUCCAGCAUCGUUUCCACCAUAUCCAAUGCCGAUGCCGAGACCCCUACCUCCGCCAAAGACAGUUACAUCAACCUAUACUUCUUCAUCCAGUACAAAACCCUUGGUUAGCGUUCUGAAGAGAUCUUCAAGUUUGGAUACUUGUCCAGUAUCCACUAAGCAAGCGCGAACUGAGGAUACUUAUCCGAAGACUCAAGGUACAGCUAUACCACCACUAAAUCGUACAACUUCAUCUCCAGCUAGAGUUUCACCGCCAAAAUCCCCAGCUAGUGGAACAGGAGACAAAGUACCCUACUACACUUCAUCGAUGGGAGCAACGUACACCCAUGAGAAUAAUGUCAAGAAACCCCUACCAAUGCUUUUGCCGCCAUCGUCAAUCAGCGUUACUAAAAUGAGUGAUAAUCCGGUUUCAGUAGCGUCAAUUAUCAAUGAUAAAAGACCUGCUGUGGAGAUUGUCAGGAUCAACUCCAAUACACCGGCUAUAGAUCAACAGCAAAAAGUACCAAAUCAGAAGACAACACGACCACCCCCGGCAACAAUUCCUCUGGUAAAGAUUAAGAAAACAGCAGCUAAUGCUCCAACAAUGACUUCAAAACCUGUAUCUACAACACCAACUGUUCCAACUACGUCGCUUGCGGUCAACAACAACAAGGUUCCACCUUUAAAUAUAUCCUUAAGCAACGCUAAAGGUCAGACAAGUCAGGACAAAGUGGGAGAUAGCCCAAGUACUCCAGUUUGUGACAAUAUUGGAGCAUUGGAUCUUUCUGGAAAGUCCAGUAGAAGUCCGAGCUUGGAGAAGAGUCCUACAGCUCUUUCAGUGGAGAAAUCUUCAAUAAGUCCUAUUAAACCAAGUGUGGACAAGAAAAGUGAAGGUGAAUCUAAGGAUACCAAAGUGACAGUGGCAAAUAAGAAUUGCCAACUUCCAGUUCCCAAACUCAAUGAGAUCAGCAAAGUUCGACCUGCAACCAGUACAACUUCUCUGAUGCGUCAGCAGAACCCUUCAGUUCGGAGCAUUCCCAAUCCUUCGGCUCUGGCUUUUAGGAACCAAGUUCUACCUGUACCUACGGUUGACAGCAAAGGCUCGAAGGAUGACAAGACGACUGUUGGAUCUUCACAAGCUACCUCUGCAAGCAGCAUCUCUGCGACUACUGCUCCAUCUGUGGCAAGUGUACUGUCAUCGGAAAAGAUCAGAGAGGGCGCUGAUAGGUCAAAAGUGACAUUUUUGAGCACAAAACUCGAUUCAGUUGUCAGUACCAAGACACCAAUUGUCAGCCAUAAGCCCUCGGUAUCCAAGACAGAUACGGACAGUGUGGUAAGUACCAAGAAGAAUACCAUUGAACAGGUUGCUGCAACUCUGAGAGCUGCUGCAGGGGAUACAUCCACUAAGAUAACCAAACUCAAUUAGAGGUAAAAUUGAUAUACACAUCCCCAUAAACAAAUUAAACAUUCUAAACAAAUUCUAUACUCCCAGAGUUUCUUGAUAUUGCAAAUUAUCCCUAUUGGAUAUUAGUUGUGAAGUUAACAUCAAAUGGAAUUCUUUCUUUUUUUUGUUUUCUUUUCCAAGAGCAUGCUACAAUUUGUAGAUGAAACAAAUAUAAUAAUGAUUGUAGAUGAUAAAGUAACAUUUAAGGAAAAAACUUAGAACAAUAUUAGAAAUAUUUAUUAAAAAACAAAAACAAAAAAAUAUUGAUAUAAUCAAACACAGACCUCAGUAAUUAAGUGAAUUGUAAUGAAACUUUGCUAUCAAAUGAGAGUUUUUUGAGCACUGUAGCGCUUGGAAGAGUUGGAGGUGAAGUUUUUCAGAAAAAGAAAAAAAAUGAAAAAAAGAAGAAGUGGAGAAAGAAGUUGUACAUAAUCACUAAAUUAUUGGCUAUUGUAUUUUAAUUUGAGACAGCAAAAUGAAGAAGAAGAAGGGGACGUAAUCACGAAAAAGAAAA